UUUGUCCUCCAUCUCAUUUUGCCUCACGCUUCUCUCUCUGCGUCACCAUCGCAAUGAACAGGUCCUCCUUGCGCUCUGAAGCGUGGAACGGCACGGAGCGUAUGCGUGUUGCCAGGGCGAUGGGUGAGUCAUCAUCUGUCCAAUCUGAGAAGCUUCGCUCAUUGGCUUGCUCGCUCUCUGAGAUGGGAUUGGAUAAUGGAAAUCCCCCGGGCAGCGCGAAGCAGCCUACCACGGAGCCCACCAUAGAGCUUGGUAAAGGAACAUUCUUUGCAGACGGCCAGAGGAAGGUGGACUAUAUUCUGUGCUAUAACUAUAAGAAGAGGAGGAUCUCCCUGCAUCGUCUCUCCCUCACAUCUCAAGCAUCCAAUGGGAGCCUUCCGCUACCCAACAUGCUGAGACGAGAUACGCAGCCUGAGCUGGAGGCAGGGUUGCCAGAGGGGGAGGAGUCUCAACUGAGUGAGGAAGAGAAAGCUAUGAUGAGGGAGGAGUUUGAGUCUGGGCUGUUGGAGCAGGGCCUGCAGCUGGAGAGAGACAAGGAGUCUAGGUCCCAGGGUAUAGGGUUUAUCCGGCUGCAUGUUCCCUGGGCGACGCUGAGCAGAGAGGCUGAGCUACAGAAGAUCAAAGUGCCAGUCAAAAAGAGUUAUGAGUUGCGGCAGCCUCAGGGCAUCGCGGGGAAAAUAGCAUUGUUGUAUCAAACCCUGAUCAAACCCUUCCGACCUGAUGUCCCAGAAACACUAAACACACAGUCCCACCAGAACCGAACAAAGACCCUCUCACACCCCUUCUCCAGAGACAAGCUACACCUGUUUGAAAUCAAGUCACAGGACAUUCUAUUUGACUACUCCGUACGCAGCAGAAUAGUCAAGGAGAUAUUGACACGCACCGCCUGUACACAGACUUGCCAGGCCACUGGUAUCUCAUCGUUAUUAGCUACUGGUGUCUAUAACUCUGCCUUUCCUCCACACGAUGGGUCAUUCACCAGGAAAGGAGGGCGGGAUCAGAGGAACGACAGACAGCUCCUAUAUGAGGAGUGGGCCAACUAUGGAGUGAUGUUCAAAUACCAGCCAUUGGACCUAAUCAGGAAGUAUUUUGGGGAGGCGAUUGGUCUGUACUUUGCCUGGAUGGGAGUUUACACCCGGAUGUUGGUCCCGCCCUCUCUACUGGGCCUUAUAGUGUUCCUCUAUGGUGUCCUCACUGUCAACACUAAUGUGCCCAGCCAGGAGAUGUGUGAUGACAGUCUGAACUUCACGAUGUGUCCACUGUGUGAUGCGGUGUGUGACUACUGGAAGCUGAGUUCAGUCUGUUCGUUGACUCGAGCCUCUUACCUGUUUGACAACGGAGCUACCACCCUCUUCGCCAUCUUCAUGUCCCUCUGGGCUGCUUUUUUUCUGGAGCACUGGAAGAGGAGGCAGAUGUGUCUGAAACAUGCCUGGGAUCUGACCAGUCUAGAGGACGAGGAGGAAACCCCCAGGCCAGAGUAUGAUCAAAUCCUACAAGAGAAGAGACGGAAUAAGAGCGGGACAAAAAGGAGGAGUGAGCUGGGUGGAGUGGGGUAUGGCGAAGCAGAGGAGGGAGAGAAGGACAAGAUGCUCUCACAGAGGGAGCAAGAGUCAUUGACUUUGGAGGAUCGGUUGCCAGGAUACAUGAUCAACGUGUCCGUCGUUCUAAUGAUGAUGGGGGUAACGUUUUCCGCAGUGUUUGGAGUGAUCCUGUAUCGUAUCACCAUGCUGUCUAUCUGGUCCAUGAACCCAGACCCUGAGGCCAAGGCCUCUGUUAGGAUGACCGUCACCACCACUGCCAUCAUCAUCAACCUGCUUGUUGUAUUGAUACUGGAUGAGAUCUACGGAGCUAUCGCUGUCUGGCUGACUAAACUGGAGGUUCCUAAGACAGAAGCGGAGUUUGAGGAGCGUCUGAUUCUGAAAUCGUUUCUGUUGAAGUCCAUGAACACCUUCGCUCCUGUCUUCUAUGUGGCUUUCUUCAAGGGCAGGUUUGCUGGACCUCCAGGGGACUAUGUCUACUUGUUUGGCCACUUCCGCAUGGAGGAGUGUGCCCCACCAGGCUGUCUGAUAGAGCUGUGUAUCCAGCUUAGUAUGAUCAUGUUGGGAAAACAACUCAUCCAGAACAACGUGUUCGAGAUUGUUAUACCUAAACUAAAAAAAAUGUACAGAACAUACAAGGAGAAGGAUAAAGGAGGAGAGGAAGAUGAGGAGGAGGAGGAGACGAAGAGGCCUAAGCAACAGUGGGACAAAGACUUCUCUCUGGAUCCCUAUGAGGGGCUUAGCCCGGAAUACAUGGAGAUGAUAAUCCAGUAUGGGUUUGUCACCAUCUUCGUGGCAUCGUUCCCUCUGGCUCCUCUCUUUGCUCUGCUCAACAACGUGAUUGAGAUCCGCCUCGACGCUGCCAAGUUCACCACAGAGAUCCGUCGCCCAGAUGCUGUGCGCUGCAAAGACAUAGGAAUUUGGUUCAACAUUCUCAUUGGAAUCAGCAAGUUUUCUGUCAUUACAAAUGCCUUUGUGAUCUCGUUCACCUCUGACUUCAUUCCUCGGACGGUGUACCAGUACAUGUACAGUCAGACUGGCAGCAUGCACGGAUUCACAGAACACUCCCUGUCCUACUUUAACGUGUCCAACUUUGAGGCUGAUUCCUCCCCCUCCUCUACACUAUUUACUGGAGUCACCAUAUGCAGAUAUAAAGACUACAGGGAUCCACCAUGGGGAGCUCAGCCCUACUCCUUCUCUAAACAGUACUGGUCUGUCCUGGCAGCUCGAUUGGCCUUUGUCAUCUUCUUUCAGAACCUGGCGAUGUUCCUGAGCAUGCUGGUGGCCUGGUUGAUCCCCGACGUUCCUCGUUCUCUUAAAGAACAGGUCAGGAAAGAGAACAUGUUGCUGAUGGAGUUCCUUGUUCAGGAUGAACAGGAGGCCCUACGCUCCAGACUUCCACACCGCUCCCCCACACGACAACCUGCACAAACACAUAACACACACUCACACAUUGACAUAGUGGUGGAGGGGUCCGUGGGAGAAGAGGGGGCGGAGGAGGAGGAGAAGAUGGACAGAUCAGGACAGACCCAGAGCCCAGAUAGCACUGACCCAGCAGAAGGAGGAGACGAAGGAGGGGGAAAAGAUGGGAGAGGAGAAGAGGGGAAAGAAGAAGGGUCAGAAGAGCAGAGUGAAGGAGUGGGAGAAGACGGGAGAGAAGGAGCAGAAGGGCCAGACCAGGAGGAAGUCUCCGUUGUGGAUCUGGACUCUGUUAUGGACCAGCUGAAUCUGUCAGACCCAGAGCCGUCCCAGAGCCUAGCUGACAUGGAGCUGCCUGUCUCUGGAGCUGCCCCACUGGAGCAGGAGGACGAGCCACCAUGCCCAGACAGCCCUCCAGCUGCCCCAAUAGGGGACACAGCCUCCCCCGAGACGCCCCUGGCCAAGACCCACCCAGCAAGCCUGAAGGCUGCAGACAGCAGGCUGUUCUCCAGAGGCCCUCCCCUCAUAGAUUCAGCAUACUCCAGGACCAAGGGCCGCUGCUCCACCCUGCCUCCCAAACAGAGAGGGCCUGAGCCAGGGCACAGCCGGCCCCGACCCAGCCACUCAACCAGCCUCACGAAGUUCCACCUUCCACCUCUACAUCCUCUGGCCCCCUCACCUUCCCCUACAAACACCCCUCAGUCACCCCCUCCCAAGCCCCUCCCCCACCCUCCCAAGCCCCUGUCUCACAGUGAACUGUUCAUGCUGAAGGGGCCUCCCAGAAGAGAACCAGGAGGCUCAAGUGCUAAGGGGCGCUGCUCCACUCUGCCUGCCCGCCAGCGAGGUCCGGAGGCUGGGGAGAGCUCGUCCAGACCGAGCCAUUCUUCCAGCUUCAUCCGGCAGGAAGACCGUAUCCCCCAUCCCCCAGUGAACUAAAACAAGACACCCCGGUGUGUGGAGAGGGGAAAUAGAGGGGGAGGAUUAGAGAGGGACAGCUGAGUCUCAUCAUCAGAGAAAUUGAUCCGUCCAUCUCUCCGUCUUCAUCCACCCAUCUCAUCAGAUGCAACACUGACUUGGUUGUAGAAACCAAAUGGACCUGUUCUUCUUCUAACGCAUCGGUUAAUGGCUCAGGUCGAUUCACUGGGUUUAUAAAGGAGAAUGAAGCGGAAUAAACCAGGAUAAAAGAGAGUAGAGGAGAAUAAAGGAUAAUAAAAUGUAUUAAAGGAUAAUAAAGGAAAAUAAAUCAAGAUAAAGAAAAAUAAAGGAGAAUAAAAUAGAAUGAAGGAGAAUAAACAAGAAUAAUAAUGGGGAAUAAUGGGGAAUAAAGGAAAAUAACAUUAGAAUAAAGUAUAAUAAACCAAAAUAAAUUAGAAUAAAGGAGAAUAAACCAGGACAAAUGAGAAUCAAUGAGAUUAUAAACUGGGUGGUUCGAGCCCUGAAUGCUGAUUAGCUGACAGCCAUGGUAUAUCAGACCGUAUACUAUGGGUAUGACAAAACAUACAUUUUUACAGCUCUAAUUACGUUGGUAACCAGUUUAUAAUAGCAAUAAGGCACCUCAGGGGUUUGUGGUAUGUGGCCAAUAUACCACGGCUAAGGGCUGUAUUCAGGCACUCCUCGUUGCAUCGUGCAAAGAACAGCCCUUAGCUGUGGUAUAUUGGCCAUAUACCACACCUCAGUGUGUAUUAUUGCUUAAAUAUACCGGGACAAAGGAGAAUAAACCACAACCAAAAAUAACAAAGGAGAACAAACCAGGAUAAAGGGGAAUAAAGGAGAACAAACCAGGAUAAAGGAGAAUAAACCAGAACAAAGAAGAAUAAUAGAGGAGAUUAAACCAGGAUAAAUGAGAAUAAAGUACAUUAAAGUAUAAUAAAGGAGAUUAAAGGAUAAUAAAAGAGAAAGACCCAGGACAAAUGAGAAUAAACGAUGCACAAAUCCAGGAUAAAUGACAAUAAACCAGAACAAAUGAGACUAAACCAGGAUAAAUGUGUAAGAGGUGCGUAACGGGCUGCAGGGAAGUCAGGCGCAGGAGAGCAGAACUGGGUAACAACCGGAGCAGUUUAAUGAGGAAAACCAACCUGUCGCAAACCAGUCUAAUGCACACACAUUUUACAACAAACAAUUCCACACAGGGUACUAUACAUGUCACGUAAUGAGGGAAUGUAAACCAGGUGUGUGGGAAAACAAAACAAGACAAAACAAAUGGAAAAUUAAAGGUGGAUCGGCGAUGGCUAGAAGACCAGUGACGUCGACCGUCGAACGCCACCCGAACAAGGAGAGGAACCGACUUCGGCGGAAGUCGUGACAAAAUGAGAAUAAAGGAGAAUAAACCAGGAUAAAGGAAAAUAAAUUAGGAUAAAUGAGAAUAAAGGAGAACAGGUUUUGGUGAUUCUGAGACAACAGUUCGUUAUCAAUAAAAUGUCACAAUACAAUUUGAUUUUGCUGCUGGGGGGGCAAGGAGAUCCACAGCUCUGCUAAAACCAUUGACAACUAUAUGCUGUUUUCAAGGGAUUGUUAAAUAAAUGUUCACUAUUAUUCCCCAUUUAGCUCCAUCAGAGUUUUACAGGAAUCGGUAAACAUCAAUUGAUCAUGUUUUUUCAGCUAUGUGAAGGUAGCCAGAUUCAUUUAGUAUGUAGCUAGCUAGCUAAAGCAGGCAACGUGUCAUUUAGCUUCAUCAGAGAUCAGGGUUUUGGAAAGAGUUUUACAUUGUCAGUCGGACUACUGUCAUCACCACUAUAGAUGUCAAGCAAAUGAAACAAUAUUUGGAUUUAGCCAACUAGUUUAUCCCCUGAAAGUUGGCUUGUUAACUAGCCAUAUUGCUGUGAUCUGUUAUUAGCUUGUUAACUUGCCAUAUUGCUGUGAUCUGUUGUUAGCUAGCUAGCCAAUUUGACGUGGUCCAUAAAUAUCAUGUCUGUCAGCAGCAAUUGGGAUUAAACACUCUUAAAAACGGGAUAAUGUUAGCUAAGUCUGCUAAGUAGGCCUACGUUGGUUGGAGAAAAAAGUACACUAGGUCUACUUACCACUAUGUUUAGACAAAUGUACAAAGUUUCUACCGGUAGCUAGAAAAGUGAACAGUAUCAGCUAACAGUAACGUUACAUUGGCAUGUGGGCCCUUCUGCUGCUUGACAGCCAGACCCCACAAAGGAUGGGAAAUGAACCUUAACCACUCAUACUUGUCAGGUAUAGUUACAUUAUAUCACGCAAAUAUCCAAUUAAUGGUGGUCAAUAUUGAGAGAUAUCGUGAGGCUACCCCGACGUAGCUGAAAUUACAUGAUCGAUUGAUGUUUAAUGAUCAUUAAAAACAUGCAGAUACUUGCUGUAUAACUCUGAUAGAGCUAAGUGUGCUAAAUUGUUUUGCACGGAAUAGUCUGAAAUGUGUAGAUCUGACUAUGCUCUUCAAGAGGUGAUGAUAUUACAACCAGAUAGGUAACAUUCCAAUAACGAUCCCUUGCAAACGGCACGCAGUUGUCAAUGGUUUUAGUGGACCUUGCUCCCUCAGCAGGCAAAUCGAACGCUCUGCACCUUAUUGAGUCAUUUUGUUGAUAACGACCGUUAAGGCCUCAGACCGAGAAUGUCCCAGUGUUCUAACUCUCUCAGCCACGAAGAAGACACUGCUGCCACUCACACUGUAUUGUUAUUGCCAGACGGAACUGGACCAAACCGGGCUGAACUGGACCAGACCAAACAAGACCACACCAGACAGAGCCAGCUCCCCUCCCCCAGAAGACACAGGGCCAAUCUGAAAUGGCACCCUAUUCCCUAUCAGGCUCUGGCCAAAAUAACUACACUAUAUAGGGGAAUAGGGUGCCAUCUACUCCCAGUAGACCCUCUAUUUAGUAUUUAGAUCAACAGUAAUAACAGAGCUAUGCUUGUAGAUGUAUUAUAUUACAACUGUGUGACAUUUUGAUAAUAUGAAAAUCAUUUACUUUUGUUCAUAAGAAAAAAAUCUAUUAAAAAACAAACAUUUUUGUUAUGAGUUUUCUCUUGU